UGACUGCAAAGUAGCUAGCCAGCGUUAGGUAGGGCAGCUUAGCCGCCUAAUGCAAAGUCAACUCGAUUCAACCUCUUAACAGCAUCUGUUUCACUAUGUCUGAACAAGAACUACGGCAGAAAUGGGACCGUUGCCUUGCAGACUGUGCUGUCAAAGUUGGGGCUGGUCUUGGUUUGGGUAUUGUCUUCUCGGUUGUAUUCUUUAAACGUAGAACACUGCCAGUUGCGUUUGGCACAGGAGCAGGCUUGGGCAUGGCUUACUCGAACUGCCAGAAUGACUUGAGGUCACCAUAUCUACUAUACAGUAGUGACACUAAGAAGCAGUAGUGCUGUAUCAGUGAAGGAUUCCAUCUCUGGCUUUUGUUGCCCAUUGAAAUCUGACAAGCUUUCUGCAGUCUUCACACUCUAUCGUUUCUGUGUGCUUGAAAAAGACAUUCUGUCCGUAUUUAGUCACGUUGUUGUUAAAUGUUGAAUGUACAGAAUGAUGUACCAUGGAAGGAAAACAAUUAUAAAAGGCUAUUUUGGCUUCAACAAAUGAUUUGCAGUGUCAUUUAGUUUUAAUAUUAUAUUUUCAGAAAAUUAUAUGUGGUUUUUGUGAAGAAUAUCAUUCUUUUGUGAAGAAUAUCACAAAUGCACCAGAGGACUUUACUGUUAUACUUCCCUGACAGUGUGACAACACAACAAUACAGUAUCGAGCGAUUGCAUUUGCUCAUUGUCACAAAAUGUUAAUAUUAUCUUGAGCAUGGUUAUGUCUGGAGAAAUGUUUGGCACUGUAACAAGUCACACGUUCCCUCUGUGCUCCGGAGCGAACACCAACAUAUGAAGCACCUCUUUGUUAUAAAAGAAUGAUCUUUUGCACAUAAUUGCAUUUUUGUGUGGCCUGUUUCUCAAAAGGGCUAAGUGGGAUAGAGAGCUUUGAUUAAACCAAACCAUUAAAAAAACAAAAUAAAUAUGCAUAAUGGAAAUGUGUAUCGAGGUUUUGAGUUUCUUAGUAAUUUAAUGUUAUGGGUUGGAGAAUAUCACUGAACACCAAAAAGGUUAUUGUGUUCUUAUAAAAGUUGAGUUUUGAAUGCCUGGA